UCUUGCCACGUGCGGCGCUUCCGGGGGGGGGGGGGAAACACCGGGACCGGGACGGUGGCGGCGGGCGGCCUUGGCCGCAGGAUGCAGCGGUGGCCGGUGCUGCUCUUCCUGGCCUGGGUGUGCUUUCUGUUUUAUGCGGGUAUCGGGCUCUUUACGAGCGGGUUUCUGCUGACCCGCAUCGAGCUCGCCAGCAGCAGCUCCUGCUCAGACCCUCUCCUGCCGCCGGCCUGGGAGAGGCGAAACCUCCCGGCAGGCUCCUGCUGGGCGCCCCAGCGCUUUCCCAAGGCUGUGCUUGUCAUCAUCGAUGCCCUCCGUUUCGAGUUUGCCCGCUUUAACGCGGCCAAGACCACCCCGCUGCCCUACGAGAACAAGCUGAGUUUCCUGCACCACCUGGUGACCUCUCAGCCCCGCCAUGCCCGCCUCUACCGCUUCCGAGCCGAUCCCCCCACCGCUACCAUGCAGCGCAUCAAGGGCCUCACCACCGGCUCGCUGCCCACCUUCAUUGACGUGGGCAGCAACUUUGCCACCUACGCCAUCCAGGAGGACAACCUGCUGGCGCAGCUGGCACAGAACGGAAGGAGAGUGGUCUUCAUGGGUGAUGACACUUGGGAAGGACUCUUCCCAAAGAAGUUUUUCCGCUCGUAUUUCUUCCCUUCUUUUAACGUGAAGGAUCUUCAUACUGUGGAUGAUGGGAUCCUGCAGCAUCUCUAUCCAACUGUGGACAGUGGUGAAUGGGACGUGCUGAUUGCUCACUUCCUCGGCGUGGACCACUGUGGGCACAAACAUGGACCUGACCACCCUGAAAUGGCUAAGAAGCUCACCCAGAUGAAUGAGAUGCUCAGGUCCUUGGUGGAUCACCUGGGGAACGACACCCUUCUUCUGGUGGCUGGGGACCAUGGCAUGACAGAGACCGGAGACCAUGGUGGUGACAGCGAGAAGGAAGUGAAUGCAGCUCUGUUUGUGUACAGCAAAACACCCCUAUUUGGCACUGGCCCUCCAGAGGAGCCUGAGGCCAUUCCCCAGGUGAACCUGGUGCCCACUGUGGCCCUGCUGCUGGGUGUGCCCAUCCCUUACAGUAACAUUGGGGAGGUGAUGGCAGAGCUGUUCUCCGGGGACGGUGAUGCUGUGUCUGCAGCCUUGCAGCAGCUCUCGGUCUAUCACAUCAACGCCAAGCAGGUGGACCGUUUCCUGCACUCCUACUCGCUGGUGGCUCAAGACCUGCCAGCAGAGCAGCUCCAGCGCCUGCAGGAGCUCUACUCCAGUGCUGUGGAGGAGCACAUUUGGCUCUUGGCCCAGGUGCAGGGAGCGACGCUGGUGCCUCCAGAGCUGGAGUCUAGGCUUGGAAGCCUCAUUGGCCGCUUCCAGCUCUACCUACGGGAGGCAAGGGCUAUGUGCACCCAGACCUGGGCCCGCUUCGAUCCCCUGCGUAUGGUGGGGGGCUGCACCCUCAUCGCUGCUUCCUGCUUGCUCUGCUACGUGACCUCAGAGCUGGCUGCAGCGUCGGACUCUUUCUAUCGCAGCUGCCUCCUGUACCCACUGCUUUGGGGUGUGGUCGUGGCUGUUCUGCUUGGGCUGGCCCGUGUGUUCACCCAGGAGGGGCUGGAUCUCCUCCUGGUGUCAUCAUGGGCAGCCGCAGCUUCUCUGCUGGGUUUUUUCUGGCACUGGUGGGGCCGGCAUCCCAAGCGAGCCCGUUUGGCGGGCAGUCAGCCACCUUUGGCCAGUGUUGGCCUGAGGCAGAGGCUGCGAGCAUGGCUGGGGCUGGCAUUCCCCAUGGGCAUUCUCCUCUUCCGCUGUGGAGCUAUGUUCUCUGAUAGUUUUGUGGUGGCCGAGGCCCGGGUGGCCCCAUUCCUGCUGGCCUCACUGGUGACGUUGCUAGUAGGGAAGCUCCACUGGGAUGGUCGCCUGACUGUGCCAGAAGGCCCCAAGCAGCAGUUUCUUGGCUUUUCUUCUUACCGGAGGGAGAUCUGGUACCUGUUGUGCUUUGUGGCCAUGCUCUUGGUCUGCGUGCGCCUCUCCGGUUUCUUCCACCAGUGCCGUGAAGAAAUCCCCCAGUGCCGGCCCUCUCUUUUCCUCUCCCCCCUUGCCAGUCUGAGAAACACACGGGCCAAGAACCUCUUCUACCUCCUGUGUGUGGCCUUGCUGGCUGGGCUGGCCUAUGCAGUGCGGAGCUGGCUGCGACACUACGGCAACCUGAACAGCUCAGACCCCCUUGUGCUCUUUGUGCGCUGGGGUUUCCCGCUGGUGGUCCUCUGCAUUGCCUGCUACUGGGCUGUUGCCUCCAGCGCUGAGGACUCUCUCGGCAAGCUGCAGGAGCUGGUGCAGGUGGCAGUUGUUGCCUUCCCAUGGGCUGUCUACGGGCUAGCGUCCGUGGGGCUGCUGCUCCUGCUGUGCAAUCCCAUGACGGUGUUCGCAAAGGACACACGGGAGUCGGCAGGAUCCAUCGUCACUCCCUCCCUGGGGGUUCCCAGCUCUGAAGUUGACUUCCUCCACGUCAUCCCUCAGAUCUACAAGAGGAUGCAGGAGUCUCAGAAGAGCCGCCUGGAGCGGGGCAGCUGCAAGGCUGCUGUCGCAGCGUAUGGGCUGGGCAGUGUCUACUCGGCAGCCCUGGUCAUAGCGCUCACUCUGCUGGCCUUCCUCUUGAUGCUUCUGCACAGUGAGCGAUUGAGUCUUGCCUUCCUUCUCCUCUUCCUGGAGGCCUUCAUGCUGCUGCACAUCCACACUCGUGCCAGAGGCCUUGCUGGAGACACUGAGCCUUUUUCGGUGCCCUGGUAUGCAGUCAUCUCCUGGCUCCUUGCUGCUUCCCAGUUCUUCUAUUCCACAGGCCACCAGCCCAUCUUCCCGGCCAUCCACUGGAAUGCAGCUUUUGUGGGCUUCCACCUUGACCACAGCACAAACUUCCUGCCUGCUGUCCUGGUGGGCGCCAACACCUUUGCCUCCCAUAUCCUCUUUGCAGUCGGCUGCCCUCUGCUCCUGCUUUGGCCUUUUGUGUGUGAGAUGCCCAGCUUGCAGAAGAGGAAGCCCAAGAAGGAGCCCCGGGAUGAGCUGCAGGAGGUGGAGGAGCAUAUGAUGGAGAUGAGGCUGAGGGAGUCCCCAGAGAAGUUCUCCAACGCUCUGCUGCAGCUGGGGCUGAAGUAUCUCUUUGUCCUUGGGACACAGCUUCUGGCCUGUGUUUGUGCAGCUAUGAUCCUCAGGAGGCACCUCAUGGUCUGGAAGGUCUUUGCCCCAAAGUUCCUCUUUGAGUCGCUGGGCUUUGUGGUGAGCAGCAUCUGCCUCCUUCUGGGGAUCUCCCUGGUGAUGCGUGUGGACUGUGCUGUCAGCACCUGGUUCAGCCAGCUUCAGCUCAGGGGAGGUCAGAGCUCUCGCUGGGCGCCUGUUGGCAGCGGGAGAAGUCUGCUGCAGGAACCCAAGAAGUAAGAGUCCUGAAGUGCUCCUCUGGAGAAACACCAACCAGGGGUCUUGCUGCUACUUCCCUGACAACUGUCCCUGCUGUGCAGCUGGUCAGCUUCAGUGGCCAGCAAGGCAUCACCCUGGCUGUGCAGAGACAGUGACCCACAGGAAGGGGCCUGCUGAGGAGGGGAGGUCCCGCAGUCACCGCUUCUCUUUGGAUGUUCAGUUUUCCUGCAGGAAUCAAAGUGCACACAGUUACGCGUACAGAUUGUUCCUGGGGUCUUGGUGGCAGCUGCUCCUCUGUAAAGUCAGUUGGCUGCUCUGUAGUGAGGCCCCUCUUGCCCUACGCUCCCAUUUUCCUGGUCUUCCUCAGCCCUGCAACAGGCAGUGAGGAGCACUGUGCUGCCUCAUGCAGCCUGAAGCAGACUUAGGUUGUUGGGGGUGGGUGCAGGGAGAGCUCUGUCCGUGACCAAGAAACUCUCUACCCAGGGUCUUGGCCUGUUGCUGUCCCCUUGGGCUGGGCCACAGCAGCCAAGGCCCCCAUCUCUCCCUGAGCGUGUGCUGCCAGGUGCCGGCUGUUGGUUGUGAACAGUUGAGAUGCAGCGGGUUGAGGUGCAGCAGGGUGUAGUGACAGAGCGUUGGCUCAUCCCUGUAUCAGAUUUGGUCAGGAGGAGAGAGGAGUCUGGAGUAGCUGUCCCAACUGCAGGAUUGGCCUUGGUGUGAACUCUGGUGCCUGGGAAGAGCUGCUUGAAAGCCCUGAGCAGGUGACAGGUCUUCUGGGAGGCGGCUUAACCCACCGGUGUCUGUGUAUGUGCUGGGGUUUUGUCACCCUGCAGGGUCCCCAGGCACUGCAGCAGAUGGCAUCUGUGAUUCCACACUUGGUACUUGUCUCCCUCUUGGCCUUGGUGUUCUCUGUGGGACUUCAUGCCGCAAGUGAGCUACCCCAAACCCACCCUUGACUGCUCACAGUCAGGAGACAUUAUAUUUCCUUCUUCAUGGGCAGAGGUGGAGGACAGCGACCACGGUGCCUGGCCACAUCCCAGCUACAUUUCCCCUGCAGUUUCAAUGGGAGCUGGUAUUCCUUAGUGCUCUGAAGCACUCUGUGGCAUUACUUGGUGCUGUGAAACCUUUCGUCUCUUCCCCCUCCAGAGAGAGCUGAGGACUGCUUGCCUGGGAUUCCUGUACUGAUUUUUGUUCUGAUUCCAUUUGUUUUUUAACUCAUACACCAUGACUGACCCUGUUUGAGUUCCUAGCUGAAGACUGCUAGCUAACUCCAGGCUCUUCCUCUCCUCUGCCCUGGAAAGUCCCAGGGAAAGUGUCACCUCUCAUCACUUCAGUUCUUGCCGUUAAUGCCCGAGUGCCCAGGCACUGUGGAAAAUGGCUCUUGAGGGCAGGUUUAGUUUUGUGUUUUACCUCUGCAAAACGCUUGCUCAGGUGUUAGGGUGCAAGUCCAGGAAGGCUUAUACUGCUCUAAUUUUGGGUUUCUUUUGCCUGGCCUCGUCCUGACCUGCUGGCUGUUCUCUCCCACCUCAGCCUCACGUCUCCCCUGCAUGGUGGGCCUGUCCUGCUUAAUUUCACCCAACAGAGCCAGGGACCGGAUUGUAGCCGGCAUGACCCCAGGGCUCCCUCACUGCCUGGAUGCAUGCACACCAGUGCUAACACAAAGUGAGGGAAGCAGCGUGCAGUGGGGGAAGCGGAGGGGGCAGGAAUGGAUCAGCCCACAAUGAGAUGGGCUUAAGCAGUCCCACCUUUAAAAAGGUUUCAUGCUGUAUUUGCAACUCCUUGGUGGCCAGGCGGUUCUUGGUGCUGAGGGGGCUAUGCUGAUGGGUGAGGGGUGCAUCAGUGCAGAGAGGAGGAAAGGGAUGGAGGGAGCAGCUACCCAGUUAAUUUUCAUUUAACGUGAGGUCAGUCUAGAUAACGCAUGUUGCUAAACCCCAAGGCUGGAGCCAAAACAAAUCUUGUUGUAACCUCAUAACCCGGUGAGAAGCUUGCUGCCUGAACAUAUUUGUGCUGGCAGAAAUCCUUAUGGUCACUAGUGCUGUAGAACUGGCCCCUGACAUCCCCACAGCUGCCACCCAGGCCCCUGGGAUUCCUUCUUGCCCAUCUCUGGGUCUAGUUCCUCUUUCGAUGGUCACAUAACGCUGCUGAGCCUUCCCAUGCCCAUUGUUCAGUUGGAGUGCUCAGCUGGUGCUUGGGCAUCCUCUCCUCAUCCCUCCAUGUCACCUUCCUCCUGGGGCUGGAGGCUUGGGCAGAGCAGAGAGGACAGUGGAGCUGCAGCACCAUGAAAACGUGCACACUUAUCUUGCCAGAGAGCAAAGAAAACUUGCAGUAACAAAGCUGUAAAUGCAUUCUUGUCACUGCAGAGAUGCCAAGGAGUGCUAGCUGCUCGGCCAAGGCAGACUGGCUACUACACCAAAGAAUUCAGAUUCAAGAAGAUGAGUUUUAUAAGAUCUGGGGAAGCUCUUGCUUUCUGUCAUUGACUUUUUCAGUCUUUGCCAGCCUUCCCUAGCUGCCCUCAAGCUGAUUGUUUGGCUGCCCUUCUCCUGACUAUAACGGGGAUGACAGAGUUGAUGUUGGUCCAAGGCCUGGACACGCUGCAGAUGCUAAAAGCGGAUGCGGCUGUGUUUGCGAUUUAAAACCCUGAGGAGUGCCCACUGGUCCAAACCAAGGCUCUUUGGGAAGCCUGAUGUGCUGGGCGCAGGCUCUGUCCUACAUCCCCUUGCAGAGAUCAUCCCCGGAGCCUGCUGGGUCUCUCCUGGAGCAGUUAUCCCAAGCAGUUCCUUUCUGGUCCCUAUGUCCGUUGGCUGAGCGUGAUGGGGACGUGCCAUCCCCAGCGUGCUCAGCGGAGGGGUUUCCACCCUGCGCUCCACAAAGCUGCUGCACUGUUGGCUUUUGGAGGCAUCAUGCAUGUGCUCCUUGGCAGGGCUAGAGUGGGCAGUGCCCUCUCCCUCCCCGAGCUUGACUAGAUGUGCCAGGCGGCUUGGAGCGAGAUUGUUGUUUUAUGUUUUGUUAUUGACCUCUCUGUGCCUCAGUACCCCAUUUGGGAAAAAAAAAAAAAGGGGGUGGACCCAGUUCUGGAAAGUAAUUGGGGAGCUCUGCACGCAGCGUGGUGCUAGCUUUCCUGCGUAUCUCAGCCGUUAACGCUUUUGUCCCCAUUCAGCAGCUAGAUUGGAAAGGUGGAAGUGAUGCUUGAACCUCUGCUAGGAAGUAGAGCCUUUUUGCUUCAAAAAAAGAAACCCCAAAAAACCCCAAAACAGGCAAGUUGGCAGUACUCAUUCACCUGACAGGUUCAGCUCCAGCCCCCUGUGGUCCUGGGGGCCAGUGCCUUCUCUUGCAGCGCUGGCGCGCCGCUGACCUGUCUCACUGUGGGCUGUGCUGCAGCCGGGGAGGGGUCCCUUCCGUAUUAAAUGGCUUGUUAAUUAAUCGGUGACGGGUGGAGAUUUGCUCUCAGAGGGUUGUCAAGAGGCUCUGGGCGGCUGCGAAACGGAUAUUUGCAAAUAAAGCGGUGAGAUCCAA